AUGCCCCGCAAACGCCGGCGGAUACGAGGACAGAGUGCCAUGGCUUCAGACCCUCCCCAGCUCACCUGGCCCAUUGGCCGGGUCCCAGUCGAGAUCUUUGACGAAAUCACGACCUACCUUUCCCGACCGGAUGUUAAGAACCUCCGCUUGGUCAACCACGAGUUUGACAAGAUGAUCUCGUCCAAGCACUUCCGCAACGUCGUGGUUCCUUUCCGAUCGGAGAUGUAUAAGGCAAGAAAGCAGAAGUACCUGGACGAUGGAGGUCAAGGCCAGCCUCAACUUGGAAAGGACACCCUCUUCUCCAGUGGCAUGCGCAUUUUCCAGUCUUUCGGCGAGCAUAUUCUUCGAUUUGCCUUGUCGCUUGAGCUGGACGAGGAGAGCCUUGCCUACCCUCCCAUCAAGCCGACCCAGCAAGCCGUUACCUCGUACUGGGGUAUCUACCGCUGGCCUCAUGAGUCGUACAACCGAUAUGCGGAACUUGAGGGGCUUGAGCAGACUGCCGAUGAGACAGCGUCCAUGACAGAGGCCUUGAAGUGCCUCGUUCAGGUUCAGGAGCUUGGGCUGUGUUGCGAUGCCGGGCUUGGCUACCUUCUGGGACCCGACCAGCAGUUGGAGAGCCCUCCUCUGCCUCACCCGGUCUUUGGCCUCCGCAAUCUGCGAUACCGAAACCUGCAGCGACGCCUAGCGCGAGCCGAUUCGGACUCUAUGAACGCCCGAAAGCUCGCCUUUGAGAGUCCUCGAGAUUUCAAAUACACGGUGCUGGAGACCAUGGUCACGAAUGCCGGGUACACGCAGGCGCAGGCUAAGGACGCGAUUGCUAUACUCUUGAGCACCGAGAACGUGUCACUCACUAACAUUGACUUUGACGAACGUACCGCCGCCGCUGCUGCCGCCGCUGCCCAUGCGGCCGCCCAUGCAGCCCAGACCACCGCAGAUGCUCGCGCCAACGUAGCUGCUCACGCCAACCAGCACAACAUUGCCAACAUUGCCCAACUCAUCGCCCAGGCGGCGGCCACUGUGCUUAAUGAGCUCACGGCUGGCCAUCCACUGCAGCCCAGGAAUCUGACUAGAGCUCAGAAGGAGAUGCUGCUGGAGCUGGAAUGGGCCCACCGAGCUCUCAUUCAAUCUUACGUCCUCGCCCUCAUCGACAACGCCCGGAUGAAUAGCUUCAAUGCUUUGACGACCCUGACGAUCGCCAAGAUUCCAGGCAGCCACGUCUACAUGCUCCAGAGGUCGGAUUUCUGGCAGAGUCUGCCCAACCUGACCAACGUUGCGCUUGCCGUUGUAGCCGAUUGGCGCCAGGUUUCUAAAGUUGCCCCUGGUUGCGUCGAGGACGACUUCGUCUCGCCUGUCAAGGCGGUGACUAAGGUGUAUCGUUUGAUUCAGGACCACAUCGCGGCACAGUUCAACAUUAAAUUCCUCCAUUUUGAGUGGAUUUGCGGUGGCGAGUUCGCACCUGGCAUCACCCAGCGGAAUCAAUAUGUGCUUCCCGCUCCAUUCUGCGACCCGAUGCAAAUGGUUCAUCCUGAAGGUGCCAAGUCGCCAGACGCCUUGCUCACUCUACCGCACAUCAGACACUUGUCGCUCAAGAACUGCUACUCGGCGCCUCACGUCUUUCUACAGGUUCUACGAACAAUGGGAUCGCAGUCUCUGGAGAAGCUGGAACUCGAAAGUGUCUCUCUCACGGGCGCACCUACGAGAAAUCCUGCUGCCGAGAAUGCCUUUGGACCUGCACUCGUCAUUGGCCCGGCACAUGGUCCAGGCAUUGUACUUCACGGGCAUGGCCAGGCUCAAGGUGCGCAAGCCGCGGGUCAGAAUCAGGCGCCUCCGUUGCCGCCGGCACCUCUUCAACCGCAAGUCAACCCGGGCUUCGGGGGUGCGCCAGGGGUUCCGAUCCCUCAGGGCCCGCUGCAUGCUCCUGGCAUCUUGCCGGCGCAUCUAGCUGGCAUGAUGAUGCAGCAACCUCUUCCGCUAAUCGCCAAUGUGGCGAACAACGCGGCGCCUCCACCUCCACCUCCACCUGAUCCAAUGGCCGGCUGGGGUAGGAUGCGACUACGACAGCCACGACUGCUGUCUUGGGCUGGCAUCAUUGAACGUCUUGCACCGACCCCACCGAUUCAAGAGAUCAUGGUCGGUCAAGGUACCGAAGAUGACGAAGAGGAUUGGGUGGAUGACUUUGUACGGAAGGAUGACGGAUUCUCGCUCUUGCCGCGGCCGCACAGUCUCGUCAGGGAGAAGGAGUUGCUCAGUAUCCACAACAUCUCCCUCAAGUCCUGCGGCUACGUGGUCCUGGACAUUCCGAUGGUUGACAAUCAUAGCAUCAUGCCAACCACGUCCCCCUGGCAAGAGCCUGCGGAAGUGACUGCGCGUCGGCGGGAGCUCAUGCCCUUCAUGCAGUCUUGCGGCGACAGGCUAGCGGCUAAGAUCACCAAUCAUAUCAGCAACCAGGAGCACUUUAACCUCUCGACCGCCUUUGGUAUGGACACGGAGUGGACCGGUGUGUACGAUGAGGAGGUUAUUGAAGCUGCAAAGAGGGAUGGCAUCGUUCACCCUGGAAGAGGACGAAUCACGGGCAUGAUUACUAAGAUGGCUGAGCAGGUAUGA